AUGAUUACCUGGCGUUCGAUCGCCCGCACGUUCCAAAGGCACCAUGCGCCGCUCAGAGCCCAAGUACGGCAGCUGAGUCUGCUUGAACAUCAUUCCCACAAACUACUCAAAGAAUUCAAACUACCAGUUCCACUGGGAUUCCUAGUUACAACCCCAGAGCAAGCCAAGGAUGUUGUCUCCGAGAUGACAUAUGGACCCUCAAUGAUAAAAGCCCAAGUCCUCGCAGGCGGGCGUGGUAAAGGCAAAUUCAACAGCGACGGGAAAAGCGGCGUCCGACUAGUCGACUCGCCAAGCGAAGCCUUCCAAAGCGCCACCAACAUGCUCGGAUACUACCUAACCACAGCACAAACCCCUAAAGAUGGACUCCGCGUCGACUCGCUCUACAUCUACAAAGCCGUAUCCAUCGCACAGGAAUUCUAUUUCGCAAUGACAUUCGACCGACAACGCAGCUCACCCGUGCUACUAGUCUCCUCAUCGGGUGGAACCAACAUCGAGUCGAACGUAGACAGCCUGCACAAAAUCUGGUUCGGACUGUCGACCGGCAUCACCGACGAGAUCCACGCGUAUAUCCAAGCCGAGCUUGGAUUCUCGGAUGUCGAGAUGAAGGAUAUACACCGGAUCCUGGUGCAGAUGGUUAAGUUGUUCAAGCAGAAAGAUGCCACGCUGCUUGAGUUGAAUCCGCUGGUGCGCACGGAGGAAGGGGAAUUUGUUUGUCUGGAUGCUAAGUUUGGGUUUGAUAAUGCGGCGCGGUAUAGACAGCAGGGGAUUUUUGCGUUGGAGGAGAGGUCGCCAGAACAGGAGGAGGAACAUCAGUUGGCAAAAUUGGGGCUUAAUUAUGUGCGGCUUGAUGGGAAUAUUGGGAAUAUUGUUAAUGGGGCUGGGUUGGCGAUGGCGACUAAUGAUCUUAUUGGUUUGUUAGGUGGAAAAUGUGCUAACUUUUUGGAUGUUGGCGGUGCGGCGACGAAGGAGGCUUUGUCAAAGGCUUUUGGGGUUUUGAAGAAUGAUCCCAGGGUUAAGGGGAUUUUGAUCAAUAUCUAUGGUGGAAUUGUGCGAUGUGAUAUGAUUGCCGAGGCGAUUAUUGCCGCUGCUGCUGAGAUGGGUGGUUUUAAAUGUCCUGUUGUGGUUCGGUUACAGGGUACUAAUUCCGAAAAGGGGUUGAAGCUGAUCGAAGAGUCUGGGUUGGAUAACGUGGUUGUAGAACCCGAGUUUGAGGAAGCUGCUCAGAUGAUUGUGAAGCUAACACCCGGGGUUGAAUCGUAA